GCGAUAAUCUACCAGUACGCUACGUUAGUGAUAUCGUUCUUGAUGCGUCCGUCGUUGCCUCGCUACCGUAUAUAAAAAACUUCCGCUUAGUCGCCAAGCGAUUAUCGUAUUCCUGCGCACAUUGUGAGAAAGAUGAAUGAGCAAAGUCUUAACAUAAGGUUCGUCCAGGAGGUAGAAAGAUAUCCUUGCCUCUACAAUUACAACCUGACAGAAUAUUCUAGGAGGGAUAUCACUGAUGGCGCAUGGUACGAGAUAGGGAGAGAGUUCGAUCUGUCAGCUGCUGCCUGUAAAGAGAAAUGGAAGAAUCUAAGAGCAGUUUUUGUGAGGCACAUGAAACCGUCGGCAAAUGAUCCUGGUGUAAAGAAACGAAAAUAUUAUUUGACAGAUUUUAUGCAAUUCGUAGCACCGUAUGUGAAAUCAUAUAGCAGUAGUAUACCAGAACCGCCAGAAGUUGAUAUGACAGAGUCACAAGAUACGACCGAUAUAGCUGUAGAGGAGGACAAUGAAGAGUCAAAUAUAUACCGUCCAACUGGAACUCAGCAUCAUCCCACUACAGCCAACAACACGACGACCAAUACUAGAAAACUAAAGCGUAAGAAAACCUCAGAUGAAGUGGAUUCAGCAAUUGUAAAGUACCUUGAAAGGCAUAAUCAAAGCACGGAAAAUACACGCAAGAUGUUCUUGCUGAGUCUAAUGGAUGAAGUGACGAGUAUGACAGAUGAACAGUGGAAAUUGUUUAAGAGGAGGACGCUGAAUCUCAUUGAUGAAAUAACCACAGUAAAAAAAUAAAUAUAGGGGAUUUGUGGCCACUCUUGGUUGAACCGCUAGAGUCUGCAGACACACAAGUGUUGUACUGAGCAGAAUAAAGU